UACCGUAAGUCUUAAAAAACACCUCAUAAAGUUGGCCCCACCCAACCCACACGAUUUUUACUACUUGCGUGUUUCUCAUAACAACCCCUACAUUUGCGUGUUUCUCAUAACAACCCCUACAUUUCGCUUUAUAACAACCCCAAAACUUAACUUUUAUUUAUCUCUUUCCAUUUCUAGGGUUUUUCGCUUCAAAAUUCCUCCAUAUUUUCAGUUAACUUCUCGGCUCUCAACUCAAUCCGCAUCUUCUACCGUUCAGACUUCUAUUCUGGAACUUGAAAUGGAAACGGUGUUGAAUAACACAGGCUCAGAAAAGCUGUUGCUACCUACAAAACGAAAGGCAGCAACAGAAACCCUGUCCCCUAGUAGUGUAGACAAACGGGCAGCUCAAAUGGAGCCCCACGUGAACAAAAGAUCACCUCAAUUGCAGCCCAUGCUCCGUAAACCUAAUUCUCAACGGGUCCAGACACCAAAGAAUAGAACUGCGACUCAAGAAGUCUCACCCAAGGUUCAAAAUGGGUCAUCUGAACCCGUACGUUCCAAAAUGAGAGAAACAUUAGCUGCCGCAUUAUCUGUUGGCAUUCAGAAUGAAGAAAAACCCAAUAACGAUAAUAAUAAUUCUCCAUCUGAAGCAAGUAAAGCACAUGUGGAUCCUCAGCCUGAUGUAAGCACAGAAGGGCAAAAUGGGAAAGAUGACGGGCAAGGGCCUCAGUACAACUAUGUCAUGCCUGAUGCAGAUGGUUCGUUUGGAGACACGUUUUUUGUCAAAGAUGAUCUUUUGCAGGGAAAUGGGCUUUCUUGGGCCUGGGAAGAACACAAUGGUCCUGAACCGGGCCAAAAUGGUGGUACAAACGGGAUAGAAAAUAAUGUAAAAUCACCCCAAGAAUUAGCUUCAAGAAUCGAAGCGGAGCUAUUUAAGUUAUUUAACGGGGUGAAUAAGAAGUAUAAAGAAAAAGGGAGAUCGUUAAUGUUUAAUUUAAAAGACCGUAAUAACCCUGAGCUACGAGAGAACGUUUUAUCCGGUGUCAUCUCUCCUGAACGGUUGUGUUCAAUGACAGCCGAGGAGCUUGCUUCUAAACAGCUUUCCGAAUGGCGAAUCGCAAAAGCCGAGGAACUCGAUAAAAUGAUAGUUUUACAGGAGUCCGAUGAAGACGUUAGGCGCUUGGUUAAGAAAACUCACAAAGGCGAGUAUCAAGUUGAGAUGGAACAAGACGAUGGUGUUUCGGUUGAGGUUUCCGUGGGGUCCACUUCGUUUACUAAAUUCCCGCCAAAAAAGAAGAAAACAGCACAUGAAGCGGAAGAAAAAGAAAUCUCUAUACCUGCUGAUGGGACUGAUUUCAUGCAAGAAUUGAUCGUCGAUGAAUUUAAAGACGACGGAUUUUUACCGCCAAUUGUGUCGGUAGACGAGUUUAUGGAAUCUCUAGAUUCUGAGCCUCCAUUUGAGAACUUGCCUACAGACUCCGAGACAAAACCAGACAUUGCUGUUAAAACUGAUAGUGAAAUUGUAGGUAGGGUUGACCAACCGAUAGCAGAGUCAAACGAGGCGUUAUUUGAUGUGAAAAUCAGUGACGUUUCUGUAGAAAGAAAAAGUGUUCCUGUUUCUAGUGUGGUUAUUGGAGAAAAGAUGUGGGAAGGCGAACUGCAGCUUACUAUCUCGUCAUCCGUAUCGGCUAUUGGACUGUUCAGAAGUGGUGAGAAAACAUCAACAAAGGAGUGGCCUGAUUCUAUAGAGAUCAAGGGUAGAGUGAGACUUGAUGCGUUCGAAAAGUUUCUUCAAGAACUUCCCAUGUCUAGAACCCGUGCAGCCAUGGUUGUGCAUUUUGUUUUGAAAGAUUCUUCUUCUGAGAUUCACCGCGCCAAUCUUUCCGAGGCGGUGGAUUCGUAUGUAACAGAUGAUCGGCUAGGAUUCGGUGAACCAAACGCUGGAGUCGAACUUUAUUUUUGCCCGCCUCAUACGAGGAUCAUAGAAAUGCUAUGCAAAUACCUUUCUAAAAACCAGACAGAUGUACUAAGGUUAAACGAUAACGGCUUAAUAGGUGUAGUCGUAUGGCGACGACCUCAUAUUAGCUUUAAUAACACGCCUUCGUCUUCUCAACAUAAACAUUAUAAAAAGCAUAGGAGACACGGAAAUGUAAACGCGAAUACAAAUUUAAAUUUCACUCCAAAAUCCGUCAACCGUGUGCAACCCGCUGUCGCACAGCCGAAUAAUGACGAUGAUGAUGACGAUGACGACAUACCUCCUGGUUUUGGUCCUGGGGUGGCUACUGCUGCCCAGGAUGACGAUGACCUGCCCGAGUUUAGUUUCUCUGGAAACCCCAACUCAUCCGGGCAGAGAAACCCUGCCCAAGUUGGGUUCAGGCCAAAACCGACACAAGUUGAUCCAUCCACACCUGUAGAUCAGAUGAGACAUCUUAUAUAUAGAUACGGACAGACUGCAACGGGUGAUGGUGGUGCAAAACAGAUAAAUAAACCAUGGAAUAUAGAUAAUGAAGAUGAUGACAUGCCGGAAUGGCAGCCACACCUUCACCAAAAUCUUCGCCGCCCUGAAGUGCCGCCUGUACACCACAUACAGCCGCCUUUGGCGCCGAAUAUGGUUAAUCAAGUAAUGCCACCUAUAGGACAAGUUAUGAGGCCACAAAUGACCCAACCUCAGGUUAAUGUGUUGCAAAAUAUAGUUAGAUGGCCACCACCAGCAUCAGGUCCUCCUGUUCUACCGCCUAAUGCCGUCAUAUCUGGGCCGCAAUACGUCGGGCAGUGGAGGAUGGAUGCGGCUAGGAGUAGGGGAUUUUGAUUUUUAUGGGCUUUUGUUGUAAGUUAUUUGUUGUAGUGAUCAGAAUUUUUUUUUUUUUUUUUACUUUUGUAAUGGAGAUAGCUUUACUGUUUGAAGAAACCUUUACUUUGGCGGUUAACUAAAUACUAUUGACAUUUAUAGAA